GAAAAACAUAUAGCAUGAACUCCUUCAUGUCCAAUGGGCUUUUUAGAAACGAGCCCACAGGGUCAUGGGUUUCUGAGAAAUAGUGGGCCCAUAUGUAAAGCCCAAGCCCAAGAAGUGAUACGAGUAUAUAUAGAGUGGUUAGGAACCCUUGUUGUUCUUCGUCGCCUGCUCAAUUCUCUCAGUAGGGUUUACCAAAACUACAACCCUCACAGAUACAAUGGCGGUUCCCCUACUCACCAAGAAGAUUGUGAAGAAGCGCGUCAAGCAGUUCAAGAAGCCCCAAUGGGACAGGAAGAUAUCCGUCAAGACCAACUGGAGAAGGCCAAAGGGUAUUGAUUCACGUGUGAGGAGGAAGUUCAAGGGUGUUACUUUGAUGCCAAACAUUGGUUACGGCACAGACAAGAAGACCCGACACUACCUUCCCAAUGGAUUCAAGAAAUUCGUUGUGCACAACACCAAGGAGCUUGAACUUCUGAUGAUGCACAACAGGACAUACUGUGCUGAGAUUGCUCACAAUAUCUCAACCCGUAAGCGUAAGGAGAUUGUGGAGCGAGCUGCCCAGUUGGACAUUGUUGUUACCAACAAGUUGGCUAGGUUGCGCAGCCAGGAGGAUGAAUGAGCAUUUAUUAUGCUUUUAUUUUUGUUUAUUUACUUUGUGAGAUUUACUCUUAGGCACUUUUGGUUGAAAGGUACUUUGUUUUUAAUUUUGCAGUUUCUUUUGGAUGAUUAAAUGUUCUCUAGAAUCUCAGACUCUUGUAUUGCUUGCUCAAAUACCUUAAAAGUAAUAUUUUCUUUUUUGCCAUUUUCAA